UAUUACAAGAAUUAUGACUUCCCUGAAGAAUUGUGAUCCCCAGUUAAGAAGAUACCUGCUUAGCAAUCGACUUCCAGACGUCUUUGAGGUAUGAACACUCUUUCUUAGCUUUUGCACAUCACUUGACCCUCAGAGAAAAAUCUCUUCUGUUUUCGCUCUCAUGGCCGUGCAGGAGAUCGAAAGCAAAUCCAAAAGUCAUUUCAUGUAGUAUGCAAAGACGUAAGUGUUCAAAGUGACGGCAGAUCACUUGUAAAUUGUCUUUGUUCUCGGGUGAUAGUGUAACUUAUCAUCAUUGCUCAUAUGCAUUUCAAUAACGACAUCUCUUCUCAAAGUUUAAGCUUAAAAGGUAAGGUAGCAAACUUAUAGAGCAGACGUCAACUUUGCAUAAUUUCAAGCUGGCAUACCCUGUACCUGUCGGCUGUAUAUCUUGCCACAGCGCUUUUGGUUUCUUCAAUUCAUACCUGUUAAAACUUCAACAUGUAUGGCUGGCCGAUGAGGCCUUGUAGCCGGUUGGCCAUGUACAUUGUAGGUUUAUUAUCUGAGUGAUAACUGGUGAUAAGGCUUUGUUGUCAUAUGACUUGCAUAACAGGUGCUUUGUACUAUGAAUCUAGAGAGAUCUUACUUAGUUUUCUGUUUAUUUUGGUGCACAGAAGCUUUAAUUACAUAGUAGAAACACAAAUCUAUGUGGAUGAUGCUAAUUUGAUUUUAACAUCCUACAAGUUUAAGUAAUAAGACUAAAUCUCUACAAUUUCUUUACAGCUAUUAUCAAUCCUGAAUGCCAAAGAGCAUUCUUAGUGCCACAAAUUGUUUUUUUUUUAGGAGGGGGAAAUGCUUUCUUAGAUAAAAUUGAAUAAGAUUACAAAUUUUGCAAUUGUUUGCUCUUACCAGGGUACUAAUUUGAAGGGAAAGGUUAUUUGAAGUUGGGCACUUAUUCAAGUAAUUUUAAUAGGUGCAAGUUACUGGCCACACAAUGGAGAUGGGUGAUGUGAGCAUUUCUUCUAGUUAAUUUAUUUAUCUCUGAUAUAGAUCAAGUCAUUCUUGCUUUCAUAUUUAGAUUAGAGGUUAUUGUGGUCUAAAAAAUUGGACUUAAAGUUUAGCCGAGUCUUUAUCAGAUAUUCAAAAAUGCAUAAAUAAUUCAUAAUGAAAAAACAAAAGAAAAGAAUGUUUAAUGAGUGUCUUUAUAUCUGAUAAAAACAUGGCUAAACUUUGUCCAAUCUUUUAGACCAAAAUAACCACAAAUCUAAAUUCGUAGUGCAAGAAUGAGUUCAUCUAUAUCAUAGAUUUUGAAGCGUGUCCAUCCAUUAUAGAUAAAUCACUGUUGUUAAUUAUUAUUUUCUGUUGUUGUUUUCUUAUCAAGACACAGUUAGUUCAAAUUUUUUCGUAUUACAGUCGAACCUCUCAGUACGGACACCUCUCUAUAACGGACAGUUUCCAAUGCCGUGACAAAAUUCUGAUAUAGUUUCUUUAAAAAAACCCUCUAUAAUACGGACUCUCUCUAAUACGGACAAUGGACACUAAAUCUCGGCCCCAGAGAGUAAAUUCGUAUAAACUUAACGUCACACUGCGGUGAUCAGGAGCCAAUCCCGAAUCCCGAUGAGGUGAAUCUGCAAUGGGUGAAUCCCAUCUACAUGUAGUCUGGCUGAUGAGCUAUGCAAGGUGAUAUAAAGCCCAGUCGCUGUAAAGUACCAAACAACAAUUUGCAAAAGGUGUACAGAGGAACAUAACCAAAUUUUUGAAGGCUUCAGUAACUACAUAAUUGUAGCAUAAAGAUCUUUUCUAUUACAUUUUGUACUCUUAACUAGUUACUGUUUACUGCACUUGCAAAAUAGCAAAAGAUGCUUUCAGAAUUGUGUUACAACUUUUUACAUGCAGCAUUACACUGUAGCUCAUUUCAUUUUGAAACAGUAAUUUGUCUGUAGCUAAGAUGUACAAUGUUGUAUGCUACUGAAAGACAGUGUCUUUGUACUGUGAUUUAAUAACUUUAAAUGCAGUUUAAUGACGAGUGUGAGCCUGGUUUUAGCUACUGAAAACUUAAAACCGUAAGUGGAGUCAUAAAAGUGACAUCAUCAUGGUGACCUCUUUUAUAUGGACACCUCUCUAAUACGGACACUCACUCUGUGCCUCCGGUGUCCAUAUUAGAGAGGUUUGACUGUAUUGCCAAAAGAUAGCCGUAAUUCUUCUCAAAGUGUUGUAGCCAUUGCAUUCAAACCAGAAAAGUUAUGACAUAAAUUUCAUCAUCAGUCAGUGGGCCUGUAAUAACAACAGAGCCACCGCAAGUCAUUAUUCAUCAGUUUUAGGAAGUGCCCUGGCUGCACUGUUACCUUACAACAAAAUGUUUUUCAGCAACAUGUGGCUCCUGUGAAGCUCUUUUUCAUGAUCAGUGAUCUUUGGAGGAAGCCACUGCUGCAGCUGCUCAAAAUGUUUGUAAAAGUCAGUUCGUGGGCUUUCAUCUUUGCAGCACUUUAUUGCAAUAUACAGGAUGAUGCUUAUUGGACUAACAUACAGGUCGUUAACACUCAAAAGUCCAGCAAUGCUUGGAUCAACUUGGCUGAAUUUUUUAGCUUCAUAUGUUGCUAUGACAACAGCACAAGACCAGUGACACAGAUCAUGGAGACAUUGAGCUUCAGCGAAGAUCCUUUCAGAUUCCUGAGAGCACAAAUCAAGUGCCAUGUCUUUAUUACCACUUGUGUAAUACAACAAUGAUUUACAUGCACAAGUGAGGAUUCCAUUAUCAUCAAAUCCUGAAGGAUGUUUUAAUAUUCCCGCUUUUGCAAUCCAACUUUCUGCUUGUGUCAACAAGGCCUGAUACUCUUCUUUGUUUGAGUCACAUUUUGAUGAUGCCAUAUGCUGAUAAAUGUCACCAACUGCCAGAUACACAAGUUUCUCAUAUGCAUAUUUAAAAUUCUGAUCUCCAAUAACCCUUGGCAGAUCGUCCAAAACUACUUUAGCUAUUGAAUCUGGAUUAUUGCUUUGUAUUCUUUUAAAGAAAAAUCCUUUUAGGUCGCGCAAAAUUUCUGUCAGAUGCAUGGACUCAUAGUAGUGUUCAUAGUGUUCAAAACUAGAUCGUUUGUUGUGAGAAUUCACCUGUGACAACUGAGAUUCCGCAUUGCUUGGAGAAUCUGAAUUCUUCAAGAUUAGAUAUAGUGUGACAAAAUCAGCGCUUUUCUUGAAAGUUGCUUCCGCUAGUUUAGAUCGCAGCAAAGCCAGAGGGAGGUCAUUCAUAAUUGAUUCAAUCUUAGAGGCAACACGUUUUCUUUGCUCGUCGCUGAAAUGGUCCAUCAUGUUAUUUGAGGGAACAAAAUAAUUUGGACAUGUUCCUUUCAUUGUAAAUGACAUCAACUCUGUCAUGACUGUUAAAAUACAAUGCAGUAUCGUUCUUUCUUCCCAGAAAUUUUCGGGUAAUUUUUCAGACAACCAAAAGAUGGCUGUUUUAAUGUAAUACGAGCAAAUUACCUUUGGCUCUAGGUCGAGAUUUUCUUUGCAUAAAGCUUUGACCGCGAUAUAGCAUUUUGUCUUUACAUCGUUCCAGGAACGGACUAGAAUCUUUUCAGCAAGUGAGAAAGACAAUCUCCACUCUUUGCCGCGGUCUGUACUCAGAGGGUGACCUGCAGCAACAUAUGAGCAUCCUUGAGCCACGAUCUUGUCUACAAUUUCAGUAGCUGGCUGAUUUAAUGUUCUCACACGGGUUUUAAAUUCCGUUGCGACUUUAGGCCACUCGUAGCACGGUACAGCAGAUACGAAAUCCUCAUUGUGCUUUUCAUCUGUCAGAGCGGGACCGUGUUCUGUCAAACGAUUGAAAAAGGUGUCGUUUUCAUCACCUUCUGGAUCUGAAUACAACAUGAACGCUUUAACAAUAUCACUUCUGAGAAAUCCAUCGUUCUGCUUCAACUGCAAGUCUUCAUUAUCGACAUUUUCUGGUGAAUUGCAACGUAAAUGUGCAUAACCCGGCCGGACCUCAGUUGCGACAAAACAUCGUAUUUCAUUGUCUCUCACAACAAUGUUUGAAGAAUCAUCGACAACCCUUAAAUUGUGGUUGACAUACAUGAAAUCGUCAUCGCUCGCUCGAUCGAUACCUUCCGCUGUACUACCAGUGUAGUGAACAGUAAUCGGUGAUUUUGUUUCGUCUACAGGCUUGUUGAAAAAGUACUCUUUGAGAUCAGAUCCAUACCUUAAAGGUCGACAACCCGGCAAAAAUCCUGAAAGUAUAAAAUCUACUGUGUCGUUUAACGCGGGAGAGCAAAGCGGCAGGCAAUCUCGACUAAGAUUUCCUUCUCCGUCGUCCGCCAUAUUUUGGAGGUUGCAGUGUGUUUAGCCUAUGUACAGCCACCCCCUCCCCUGUUCUUUUUUAGAGGAGGGGGCGACUGCAUAAAGGCUACAGUUUGCUCAUUCCUUUGGUCCGGACUCACUCCUCGAGAAACCAGCCGUUUCCUUCUAGCGCGACGCGUGAACAAGGAAGAACAAGAAUCGCCAAAAGGCGAUUUUAGCUGGGCUGCCAACUUUCAUGGGUUAGAGGGUGGCUGCACACACUCAGGCCACCAGGCUUGUCGCUGACCAUUGCGUGACAACAUUGUACCCUUUUGGAAGGCUUUCGUAAUAAGAAAAUUGAGUAGGUUGUGGCUAGAUUAGCCUCCCACGCAGGCCUUUUUAGGGGAGCUCGUAUUUCGUCGAAACACGAGCUCCCCUAAAAAUGCCUGCGUGGGAGGCUAUUGCUAGAAAGAAUCCCUCAGAAGGAGGUGAUCGAGGAGGAGGAGAAACGAGAGUUGCUUCGGCAAUCUUCGGCUCGUGAGACAAAAUAGCGCAUCUCACGAUGAACUUUCGUCCACGGACCUGCAAUUUCUAACAGAAUUUAAGAAUAAAGAACUUCGAACGGCAAGGGAAAUGUUAUUAAAAUUAUUUUAAACUCCUCUGUCCCUUAACCUUACGGAAUAUUUCGAUACUAAGGGACUGGUCAAAAAGUAUAGGGGGGGUGGGGGGGGGGCCGGAGCAUUUGGAAAAGUGGUUGAUAAAAAACAUAUGCCUCACCCCCUCCCUUCGGCACAAAAAUGACUGGGUAUAGGGGUGGGUGGCCCACCCCCUUGUUAAAUCAUGAAUGUUUGGUUUCCUCUUGAUAAUCCAAUAUAAAACCUUCUUUUGUGUUUGACAAAAUUUGUUGAUACGCUGCUACAACCAAUAUCAAAAUCACAGAAAUCAUACCUUUCAAGCCUGAAAAGACAAAUGUGAAAAACCGAACAUUUCUUGUUUCGAUGGACGUUAUGAGUCUUGACACAAAUAUACCGCAGAACGAAGGUAUAUUGAAAUUUUCUGUCACAAAGCAUUUGAAAAUUUAAAGACAACCCAUUCCUGCUCAUUACUUGCCGGAAAUGCUUAGAGUAGUCCUCAAAGAAAAUUUCUUCCACUUCAAUGGAAAGCACUACCUACAAAACCAUGGAACUGCAGUGGGCACAAAGACAGCAGUUUUCAACCUCGUCCCCAGGGCUUUUCCCUCAAAAAAUGGACCCACCCAUUUUUUGAGGGAAAAGCCCUGGGGACGAGGUUGAGCAGUUUUGAUUCCUUUGCCAACAUUUUCAUGGCAUAUAUUGAAACAACAACGCUAAGCAAAACCAUCUUUAAAACAACAGUUUGGAAAUCCUACGUACACAAUAUAUUUUCCCUAUGGGACAUGAGUAAACCAGACAUCGAAGCCUUCAUUGAACAAGCAAACUUACAUCAGCCAACUGUUAAAUUCACGGCCGAAACUUCAGCAAUUUUUUAAAGAACCACCAAUCAUUUCCGUACAAAUUAAACAAGGAAAAUGAUUAAAGGACAUGCUCAUUAGAGCCAAAAAAAAGGUUAACAAAGGGUUUCAUGCCCGUAUAAGAUGUGAGGCCUGUCACCCUUUGCAUUUUCUCGCACAACAGGUUUGUGAGUAUUUUAGCAAUAGGUCCAGCUGGCUGUGUUUUAUACAACAAGUGUGGUCAAAUGUCUCGUUAGUAGUUAGUGCCUAUCUAUGUAAUAAAAUAGGGUGACCCACCCCCUAAGGGUAGCUGAAAAUUGCACGACCCACCCCUUACACAAGGCUCAAAACCUCAUGACCCACCCCCUCUCUGCUCCGGCCCACCUUCCCCCUUAUACUUUAUGACCAGUCCCUAAGAGUAUAAGGGAUCAAAACCUCAGAAUUACUAACAUGGAACCCUUGGAAGGGGCCUAGCAUCGCUCAGAAGGAGGUGUUUAUUUUUAACUUGUAAAGGGAAUCCCUCAGAAGGAGUUUGGCAUCCCUCAGAAGGAGGUACACUUUAUUUAUGCUUAUCAUUCAUUCAAAAUAUUUCAGACACCAAUAUGGCCGCCGUGACGUCAUGUGAAAACACUCAAUUGAAUGUUUUGAUCUUUCAAGUUCCACACGUGUUUGCCAAGUUCAGUUGCGUUUCUAUACCGUUCAUUGCGAAAUGAGCUUGUGCGAUUCCUAUACCUUAACUUGAAUGAAGUGUCGCAAAGUCCGAUGUAGGUUUCCUUAGUUGUUUGUGAGGCGACUGCCGCUUGGUAAAUUAUGCUUUCUAGGUUGCAGUUUCCAUCCAUGGGGCAUAUGUCUGGUUUUCGGCAGUUACAAUUUUUCUUAUCUUCAUCAGAAUUUGUAGAUUUGCUCAUUACGGUUUCGUUAUGGCUAGAUAUAAUUGAUUUCACGUUAUUCAUGCAGCUGUAGCUUAAUUUAAGUGUGUUCCGGUUAAAAAUUUGCAAUAACACGUCUUGGACCAAAUAAUCCAGCUCUUCGACUAGAUUGUUAUAUAUAUUUAUAUAUAUUUUUUGACGUGGUGAUCUACAAUGAACACAUUCCCCAGGAUAUUCCUUUCCUGUAAGGAAAACCUUUCACAUGCAAAGCAAGAAUCGCAAUAAGAUAAAAGGAGACAUUGGCCGUCACACUUGAAACGAUUUAAACUUCAACGUAAAAAGAACAGAAACCUUAAAAGUGACCCAUCCUACCUUUUUUUGAAAAUGGCACUGAGAAAGAGUGCCAAUGAUAGCUUGGCAGACGUCUUUAUUGAAUGGAUGUACACACACACACGCUCUAGCCACAAACACAGAGAGAUUUGCAAUCACGUUUUGAAAGGGAAAAAGCUCAUCAAAAGGUUUAAACUUCGACAAAUAGUGAAGAAAAACCACAAAGGUACUCAUCGUAGCAUCUUUUGAAGGAGACGAUGAAAAAGCACAGUACGCAAGCUUCAAACACAUCUUCAUUUAAUGACUGCCUUCGAUUAACAUGCUUAUCGUUACUAAGUUAAUAAUUGAUAGCGUCAUUUUGACGACGUAAAUCCCCGGGCGUACUGUCUUACAUUAAACUUAUCGAUAUUGCUCUGAAAUAGUGUAAAAAUUAGGACAGCCGGACGGCACACCCUCACUACAACUUCCCAGAAGUCCCCUCCCCCCCCCCGAGAAAAAAAUGGAACUCAUUUUAGAGACUGGGCAGCGCCACAGGCAGCCCAGUUAAAUAUAUUCCCUGUAGUGUAUUAAACCGGAUCUUUAAGUUGUUUAAGUUAACCGGAAGUAUAUGUUUUAGACGUCCCACAAUGCCAUGCGUGCUAGGUUGCUGGUGUUGGGAUGCCUAUUGGCUGGCUGGCGACAGAGUCGUAAGAGCCUUAUGGCCUAGUGAAAUCAAAAAUCGGAGUCGUAAGCAGAGUCAUAAGCGCGACGGAAUCGGAGUCAGAAGAAUCAGAACCUUUCCAUUUCUGCCGACUCCGCUUUCGACUCCUACGCAUACGUUCUGCUAAUGAUCUAGUGAAAACCAGAUGUUCGGAGUCGAAAUCGGAAGAGGAAGGAUAAACCUAUCGCAAUGCACGUUCCCACGCUUUGUGAUUGGUUUAGUUCUUCCCGGCUUCUGCUUUCGACUCUGACAAUCUGGUUUUCACGAGAUCAUAGGUGGAACGAAAGCGGCGGAGUCGUAAGCAGAAUCGGAACGUUGUUUUCACUACAAUCGAGGUCAAAAGUGUUGAGGCCUUUUCAGAGAUAUUAGUAAAAGUAGCGAUCCCUCCCCUUCCACCCCAAACAAAGUUGAAUUUUGAGCAAAUGAGUGGAAAUGACUGCUUCUUUUGGCCACAACAUUGCUGGGGGUGGAGUGGGGGGACGACGAGAUGAACCCAAAGCUGGUCAAAAAAUUGUCAUUAGGAACAGAGUCCUAUGUAAAAAUUACUUGGAAGGGCUUUUUCACACAAUGCGAAGUUCUUUUGUCCUCCAUUGUAGAUCAUAAGCUCUACAUUUCGGAUUACGACUCCGACUCCGUCGCUAGCGAAACCAGCCUUAGAGAAGCGUGCUACGUAUAUGUUCGGUUUAUGUUGAAAUCCUGGAGCAUCGUACCAUGCGAGCAGUGCUUACUCCAGGCCAGACGGUACGCUACGAAGGGAGAGAAACCGCUUCGAGCAACUAUUUGCUUUUCCAUCGAGCAUGCGUGUCCACGUGAUACCUGCGUCAAAACGUCAAAUGGCAACACUUCCUCUUGUUUCGCAGGAAACAUUUUGGAAACAUUAGGAACUUAAAUAUCCAACGACAAGACGACAACGAGAACGUCAACAAAACAAUGGGUUUAAUAAGCAAAACAACAACUUUGCAGGUGCAUCACGCUUUUUUGUCCAUUUCUUUGCCAUUUUUAUACGACUACGACGUGAAAAUGCCUACUUUCGUGUUUUAUGGAUAACGUCAACAAGCAACGACAAAAUUUCAUUUCUCUUCCUGAACUUGGAUAUGGUGCCUAGGAAUCCAACUCCAGUUGGGUACGCCUACAUUUGACAAAGUAAGUAGGUGGGAACGAAUAAUCCCAAUAAAUACUGAAUUGAAAGAGCGCAAAUUCUCAGCAGGCUCGUGUUAAGGCAGCAGUUGUAAGCGUAAGCAAAUGGGACCAACAGGUUGCAUUUGACAAGUUAAUGGAACUGAUCACAAAGACAAGUGCAUUAGCUUACUUUGAUGUAAACAGUAAGACAAGGGUUGUGGUGGAUGCAUCACCUGUUGGCUUAGGAGCAGUGUCGAUUCUGUUGCAAGAGUUGAGUGGAGGGCUAUUACUUAUGCUUCAAGAGGUCUGACAGAUGUAGAAAGGAGGUACAGCCAGACGGAGAGAGAAGCCCUGGCACUGGGGUGGGCUUGCUUAGUUAUUUUGGGUGUCCCACUACUGUAUGUACUGUUUAUUUAUUUAUUUAUAAUUAUAUUCUUGUAAAUUCUUUCAGUUGUCUACAGUAGUAGAAAUAAACUGUUGUUGUUGUUGUUGCGAACGCGUCAACGCGUACAUUUUUUGAAGGAAUUUUGAACUAGAAACAGAUCAUAAGCCACUGGAAUACAUAUAUUCACCGAAAUCAAAUCCUUCCGCUCUUGUGGAACGGUGGGUUCUCCGCUUGCAAGCCUAUGACUUUACGGUCAUCUACAGACCAGGGAGAACCAACAUUUCAGAUGCGUUGUCAAAGCUGAAUUGUAGAGUACCCUGUGGUGAUGGAGAAAACGCAGCGUAGUUGAGAAUAGCAAUCCUUGUGCUUUGACACUCUUAGCCUGUGCCAGAUGGUAUAGUGGUAUAGUGGAAACGUGUUAAAACGAGCAAAGCGAAAAUAAGACGCGCACGACUUGUCUCUCCCCAGCCCCCGCGCGUUUUUCGCAUUUCUUUUUACUGAACGACUUUCCACCACCAUCUCUGAGCCUGGAACAGGCUAUGACACUCUCCGAGAUCGAGAAAGCUUCAGCAGGAGACCCAGAAAUAAGCCUUGUGAAAGAAUGUGUGCGUACGGGAGACUGGAGUGCUUGUAAUGUACCUGCCUAUUUGCAUGUGAAGAAUGAACUGUGUUCUUAUGGUCAGUUACUGCUGCGUGGUUCGAGAAUUGUAAUUCUCCAAGUGUUACAGGAGCAUGUCAUGAAAAUGGCUCAUGAAGGGCAUCAAGGAAUUGUGAAAACAAAGUGCAGACUGCGUAGUAAGGUGUGGUGGCCGGUAGUAGAUGCAGACGCACACAAAUUAUGCAAGAGUUGUCAAGGCUGUCAAGCUGACAGUGAGUAUUCCGCU